AUGAGCUCCGCCACAACCCUGAGCAAUAAACGGAAGCGCACCCCCCCAACUCCCCUCACACCGGCAGCUGAGCCCGGCGCAAAGCGGCUCUUUCGACGCCUCAAUGAAGAGUUUCCCGAGGCAAACACGUUGAGCCGGAGGACGCUGUCGCCUCCAUCUGUCAAGAGGGGCGAGUCCGAUACCAAGCCUCACGCCGCCACCACAACGCCGACCAAACCCAAACCCUCUCCAGCAGCCAGCCUGCCCACCCCACCACCGACUCUCCCCAAGGCCAAGGCCAAGUCCACGACACCUCCUCGUCGCCCGCAGCCAUCCCCGCUCCAACCCAGCCGCAACGCCAAUAGCUCGCGACCCAACCCCCCUUGGCUCCGAGUCCGCGGCCCUACUCCGCCCUCGCCGCUCGACGCUUCCCCUUCGCCACCCCUCUUCGUGCCACUGCCCCCGCGAUCGCCACACACGCCGACACGUACUCCCCCACGUCCCACGAGCCCCCCGCCUAUUGGCGGGCGACCCGGAGAUUCCCCCAUGCCCCCGGUAUCGGAGCGUGGCCGGAGGUUUAGGCAAUGA